AUGGGUGUUCUCCAUUACCCGAAGCUCAGACUCUACUGGAAGCCGAGCAUGAGAUGCGAUAUCGUGGCAUCUGCAGGAUUGUCGCGCAACCACUUCGAAAAAUUGCGAAAUAACCUGCACAUUGUGGAUGUGAAUUACCCUGACGCUACUGACCGUCUCUGGAAAGUAAGGCCAUUGCUUGACAUCUUCCAAAGAAAGUGCAAGUCACUUGUAGCAAAGGAGCGCCUCUGCAUCGAUGAACAGAUGGUGCCCUUCAAAGGACACCUCGACAUCAAGCAAUAUGUCAAAGGAAAGCCAAACCCUUGGGGCAUCAAAAUAUUUAUGCUCUGCGGCGAAUCUGGCCUUGUAUAUGACUUUCUGCCCUAUCAGGGGUCCACAACAAAGAUCGAAGACCACAUCAAACAGCAGUAUGGUGUUACCGGCGCAAUAGUGCUGUGUUAA